AUGGCGGCCCUCGGGACAGCAAUAAUACGGAUAUCUUUGAAAGGUGCACAGUUUGCUCCAGUCCGAGCCCUGCGCAGCCACGGAGCACUAGGGCAGUUUUCCCGGCCCGUGUACGGGUCCCCUGCCUACUUUAGACCUGUCCACCAAAGCCCCCCACAGAGCCCUCCAAAACAAGACCCAGAGGCCAGCGCAGAAGAGGUCGAUGAAGGCCCGGAGUACAUCCCUAAGAGAAAAGCCAAGAAUCCAAUGAUGAAAAUUGGAUAUGCCUGGAUCAUUGGUCUACCAACUGGAAUCCUUACUUUCAUUUUUGCCAAGCAACAAGUGGAUAAGAAUCGACUAAAGCAACUGAAGAUCCGACAGAGGAUGAGACAGUCCAACGACGGAGACUUCGAAGGGAGUAGAUAUCAGCGACAUACUGGAAGUUAA